AUGCAAGAUGAGACGCCCUUUCUGGACCUUACGACGCAAGCCUUGGAUGUCUGCAGAUAUCAGCAGCACUACCGAUCACCUGAACUAUUCGAUGAGGAAGUUAAUGUGACCAGCACUCCUGAAGGAGAGACCGCAAUCACUACCACUGCUGAGGAGGAUGGAAUUUUGGUUACCAAGAUGCCUGAAGAAGGCACCUUGGUGACUGUUAAUCCCGGAGGAGCCGAGGAAGCUCCUUCCACUCUAAAUGAAAGUGAAGAAGUUAAUCUGGUCUCCAGAGAUGAAGUUAUUAUGACUGAUGAACCAGAAGGAUUUUUGGUUACUAGUGUCCCUGAAGAAGAUUUGCUUACAAGUAAACCUGUAGAGGAUACUCCUGUACCAAAGGAGAAUUUCUGGUUACGGCUGAAACCCCAUGAGGAAUUUUUGAAUAGCAGUGAACCUGAGGAAGAAGAGUCUUUGGUUACAAGCAAGCCAAAAGAAUCUCUUCUCACCAAUGCGACGGAAGAUAUGCUGAAUACCAGUGAACCCGAAGAAGAAUUUCUGACUACUGUUACACCAGAAGAAGAACAAUUAAUCACCACUGAUUCUAUAGGCCAUUCAAAUAUUAGUGUAACUGCUGCGGAAACCUUCGUCACUGACACACCAGAUAUAGAACCUGAAACCACUGACAGACCGGAUACAGAAUCUGAAAUCACUGAUCAACACAAUGAAGAACCUGUUACUCUUAAUUCAGUCAACGAACAACUCUUCACUACCGUUAUGCCAAGUGACGAUGAAAGUGAUGAGAACACGGAAAGGCCAGACUCACUUUCUGAAAUAGGCACCGAAAAGAUGUAG